CAGAGAGUUUGUUGACUCCCAGAGCCUAGGCUCGAGAUGACCUAUGAGCUGAACUUGGAGAACCUGCGGCCAUACCUGGAGCUCACAGACACGCACAAGCAUCAGUGCCGUGAGCUCUACUACACCCCCAUCAAAGACAAGGAGCUGGAAUACAAGUACGUGAAGCGAACGGAUGAUAUACUCAAGAGGACCGACACCAUUGGCUGUGGUCAGGCGUGCGAGUGCUUCCUGACCUUCGAUGCCAUUUCGCUGACCGCGAACUAUACGGCUUUGGUAUUCAGCCUCUGUGGCAUUUCCCAUCCCCUGCACCUGGUGAUCUACGCCAGUGCCGUGGAGGAUGCCAGGGUGGCGGAUAUAGCCGAAUUCCUAACCGAUAUCCUCGUCAAUUUGGUCAGACAUGAGUUGCCCAGGCUCCCGAUGUUCCCAGUGACGUUUGUGCUGCUCCACAACAACGUGAUAAGCCAGAAUGUGAUGCGAACAAUCUCGCUAAAACCCAAAUAUUCGAAAAUUUUUAAGAAGUAUCUAUUUGUUCUGGAUGCUACCUUCUGGCGGUACUACAAUAUGCACAUUCCCUACAUCCAAAAUGCGUGGCUCGACAUCAUGCAUACGGAAAUCACAAAGGACAACAUCCCGGACAUCUUCCCGCAGCACGCGGCAAUGGCCAAAAUCAAGCAUUUGGGAUUCAUGGAGGAGUUCGUCAAGUCCUACUUAGGCCUGGCCAAAAUGCUGCUGGCCACCAAAGCGACCGUCAUGCUGCGCCACUGCACCCUGGAGCGCGUCGAUGAUUUUGUGAAAAUUAUUCGUGCCAAUAUGAAGAUAUUCAAGAGCGACACAGUCACACGGCAGCAGGUCUUCCAGCUGUUGCGGGCAGUGAUCAUAAUCUAUGACCAUUGACCACUGAGGGGCAUCGACCAUCGAGCGGAGAGUGAAAUAAUUUAUGUGGCACAGCAAAUUAUACACAAGCUAACGAAAAUUGUACUUUUAUUUUUGU